GCGUAAUCCGAUCCAGAAUCGAUGUGAGAUAGUGUGUGUUGAUCAUGUGCUAUAAAUAGAAGCGUACAAUGAAGUGCACGUGUAGAACUACUCUCUCUAUAGAAAUAUUAAUAGUAUUUUCAUUAUGAACACCUUAUUUUUGUAUUCAAUAUGGAUUUUUACAAUAUUAACGUCGAUAAAAUGUAAAGUGAAAGAUAAACCACCUGAUAUAUCAGAUCAAUAUCGUAAUUGGGACAUAAAUGAUAAUCCUGAAGUACAAAGUUCCAUACGAGUAGAGUUAUUAGAUAACAAUAUAUAUAGACGUUCAGUUAGUUCUAAAUACGAUAUCUCAUUAAAAUUUUCUCUCUCAUCGAAACCUGUGAUAUUAAAAUUACAACAAAAUGCUCAACUGAAUUCCAGAAUUCCAGUGUACGUUUUUGCACAAAAUGGCUCAAUAAUAAGAGAAGAUUUACACACAGAUUUACACGAUGUGAAUUAUUAUUACGACACCUCCAAUGGAGCCUCGUUCUACAUUGAAUCUAUCGAUGGCUUAAGGAGUCAUAUGUAUGGUACAUUCCACUUAGAAAAUGAGGAAUACAUCUUAGAGUUUAAAAACAAUAAUUCUUUUGUGACACAUAAGGAGUCUCAACAGCCAAAGAGUAUCUAUCAUUUUAAGAUAUGGAAAACGCCGUCACUGAAACAUAAAAAUCUGAAAGACCCAAUAUACACAAAUAUUGAGAAAACCUUUCCAGAGCACCGCAGAAAGAAACGAGCACCUUCUUACAACGUAGAAGUACUAUUUGUAGUGGAUUAUUCCAUAUAUAAACAUUGGUAUGACAAAAAUAGAGGAUCCAGCGCUAAGGCUAUCCAUUCAAUACGUCAGAUAUAUGCCUUUGUUGUCAAUGGAAUGGAUGGUAGAUACAAAUCUAUGUCAUCUAACUUUAUUGGCAUUGUUUUCGCCGGACUGAUCGUUUCAAAGACGCCAUCGGAAUCAGAAUGGACGGAAUCAUUAAAACAGACACACGAGACCCCAAAUUUAGUGAAUGCACACAAGGCAUUGGAAAAGUUCCAAAAAUGGGUACAGAAGCAAACCGAUCUACCAUCAAAUGACCAUGUGAUGUUAUUAACCAGAUAUAGUCUGUCUAGUCUUCAGUCCUCAUCUCUGCAAGGUUAUGCCUACGUCGGGGCCAUAUGUUCACAAUCUAGUCAGUCUAUAAUGGAGGAGAGUGACGACUAUAGUAUGAUUACAGUAGCUGCUCAUGAACUUGGCCAUAGUCUUGGUGCUAGUCAUGACGGAGAGGGGAAUUCCUGUCGACUAGAUGCUUACUUUAUAAUGGCUGCCACAAAUCAACCAAGUAUGGGAAAUCCUAACCCCUGGAGAUUUUCAUCUUGUUCUGUAGACUACUUUCAUCAAACGAUUCGUCGACUUGAUUCGAAAAGGAAAAACUGUUUAACGUCUUUUGGACCUCAAUACAACCCUAAUGAAAUAGUGCCAUAUUUGUCGAAGUUACCAGGAGAGCUAUACACAGCGGAUGAGCAAUGCCAGAGUAGAAAUGGGGACAAGUCAUCGUUAUGUAGGGAACAAUACAAGGGUGAUUACAGACAGAUGUGCGGAUUGAUGUGGUGUCGUGAUGAUAAAACUCAAGGAUGCAAUAGUAUGGUGCCAGCUGAUGGGACACUAUGUGACAGCAAACAUUGGUGCAGGAAUGGUGUAUGUACUUACUCAAGUGCAGCAGCUUCAACACCAGCAAGGUGUGCUCAUGGUGAUUUUGUGGGUUCUAUGGAUCAUCUUGGUAACACAUGUCCACAAAUUGUGGCGAAGGACAAAACAGAAUGCUACAGAGACAGAAUUGGAAUAUCAUGUUGUGCAUCGUGUGCUAAAGUGUCAUCCGGAGUUACAGAAACAAUUACAAGAAAGCGUCCUAGGUAUCGACGAACCACUGUCAAACAAAAUUACUUGCCGCCAACGACACCUUUAAAGGGUUUAAUCUUGACAACAACAGAAUAUAACAAGGGGUGCUUAUACGGAGACAGAAUACCUUCUUCACUUUGCAACAAAACCGCCUGUCCUUACUACACAAAAGAUGAGCUAAGUCAUUGCUGUAAGACAUGUUCUGCAUAUUUUAAUGUUCCAGAUCCAAAAAGCCUUCCAACAGAAUCAGAUGGUACUACAGAGAUACUUAUAGGAGUAUCAGUUGCCAUCGUGAUAAUAGCUGUUAUUUGUGGAAUUUAUAUAAACAGGAGAGGAGGUUACUCUGGUGCAAGACAUAAAAUUCCAUUAAAAGGGAGAUCAGUUCAGGAGACACAUUCAAGGCCAUCUAAACCUCCUCUUCGAAAGCCUUUAUCUUCAAUUUCUAAUGGGGAUCAAAAUAGUAAUUCCACGAAGCAUCUUAUCUCUCUUCCGACUUUAAAUAGCCAUACAAAUGUAAAUUUGAAAUCAAAUCUUCAUAAGUCUGCUUCUGGCAACAAAAGUGAUAGUCGUACUGUGAAUGGAAAUGUUAAAACAUCAGAACUUCGACCACCGUCGAAAUUUAGUGCCAAAAACAAUUCAGAACAAUCUUGUUUACAGAACCGAAACCCUAUAAAUAAACAAAAAAGGGAUCAAAAUCUGAAGAAACCAAAAACUUCAUUAUCUGAAGAUAGUAUAUUGCUUUCUCCAAAACAUAAACAGAACAAUAUAGACAAAACUGAAUUAAAGUCUGAAAUUUCUAUCAAAGACAGAAUUGCUGCCUUGAGUGGUAAUGCUGAAAGUUCAAAUGCACGUGCCGACUGCGUUCCAAAAAUUAAGGUUAAUUUAAGCAACGACCGACCCAAAACAAAUGCAAAACCAAAGACAGUUUUUACAAAAUCUGAACCUGAAGAUACAAAAAUAGAUAACAAAUUUAAUAAAACGCCAUUGCGUCCUCCGGGGAGAAGUGGAGUCGAAAAGUCACCUUCACAUUUGACUCAAAAGGGAGAUACAGAUUUUGUCACCAAAUCAGGUAAAUUCCAAUCACGACCGCCAUUCGGAAAAACUGGUGGAGCUUACGAGAGUUCUGAUGGUAGUUCUGGAAAAACGUCUGUAGACUGCAAUGAACCUUCCCAAGUACCGCAAUAUAAACCGAUCGUUUAUGGAAAACAGAAAAGUAAUACAAAAAAUGUAAAUGCAUAAUUACAUGUGGUUUAAUUUAUUUAUUUAUUAUCUUGAAUUCUGUUAUUAUUUUAUACCGAUAUUCAAGAAACAAGAAUUUGAACUUU